AUGCCUCCACCUCAACAUCCACCCAGUUAUUAUGCCCCACGACGAUCGAUUUCGACUAUUACUGGACCAAAUCGUCGAGAUGUCGAUGCAUUCUAUCAACACAACUUUCCACAAAAGAUGAAUGGAAAUGGAGAGCAUGAAUUUCAAGCACCAUCGUCACACCAUCAGAAUCGACCGUCGAUUAUGUCAGGACAGUCAAACCAGUCUCAGCAACUACCAGUGAGUUUGGUGUUGAAACUCAAAAUUAUAAUUUUUAGUCGAUAUCCAGUACCAACCGUUGUAACCAAGAAUUUCUCAUAUGAGCCACUUCGAUUUUCACCACCAAAUGUUACACCGCCGCCACAGUUCAAUGAAAACAAUCGAAAAAGCAAUCAACGCGUUCGUUUCGAUGAACUUCCAAACUAUCCAAACCCCAAUAACUUCUCGGUGCCUCCUCGAAAAUGCUCUCUGGCUCCGAACUUUUUCUCAUCCCAAAACUCUCAUCAUAUGUACCCUGACCAAUAUACACCUCGUACGUGGCAAAACAACGAAUUCAUGCCAAACCAUCAAAUCCAUCCUUAUCAUUCUAAUCACCAACAACCUCCUCCGCCACAUCCAGAUUGGACAAAUCAGCCUGUUACUAACGGAAAUCACAACCAAUCUCAUAAUCCAAUGCACAUGAGAAAACAUUCCAGUGGUCCGCGUGUAGAUAUCAAGUUGGAGCAUGUUGAUAAUCCAUUCGGCAAUCUAUCUCACGACAUGAUGGAUGUGACAAGCAGUGGGCAACCCCCACAACAGACUGUGAAAUCGGAGAUGUUGUCACCACUUAAGAUGGACCAGUUGGAUCCGUCUAAACAAGUACCGUCUCCAACUUUCUUGUCCAUGUCGUCGUCACUUCUUCUGAAACAACAACAACUUCAGCAUAAGAAAUCUCAUCACAAUGUUCCAUCCAGAAAAGCUUCGAUUAUGGCAUUAAAAAGUCAACUACGUACCCCACGUGGGUCUCAACUCAAUCCAUUGUCUUCUUGCACUGAACUUCUACCGUAUACGCCACCUCCAAUCCUGGCUCCCAUGCGUAACGGAUCAGGACUAUUCUGUCAGAUUGCCAAAUCGGCGAACUCAUUAUUGCCAGUUGCAGAGCAGAUUGCCGGUUCUCCAAGCUGCAGUAAUGGAUCAGAUGCAGAUGUGAAGAGCAUUCUGAAUGGCAAAAAGAAGAGUGAAGAUGGAGACGGACCAUCGAGAAAAAAUGGGUUCUUCUAUAUGGCUCAGCAAAUGAACCAAACCAAUUUCGCCAAUGAGCUUGAGGCUUUGAGAAAAGAAUCUUGGGCGUCGACGUCGUCAGCUGAUGAAAAAAUGCAGGCAGAAAGAAAAGAGUCGCUGGAAGCAAUCAGAAAGUCGUCGUGCAUGUCUGACAGCUAUUACGAUUAUGAUGGACCGAAGAUCAGUGAUCCGAAUCCGCACAUAAAUUUGGGGAAAACCUAUCAAGCCCGUGUGAAGAAAUGGGCAGAAAGACAAGUACCACAAUCGGAAAGAGACGACAUUGAAGACCGAGAUGAGUGUGUGUUUUCUUCGGAAAUCCUGAAAGACAUUGAUGUAGAACAAAUCAAUGCAUUCGAAUUGCUUGCAUGCAGUCAAGCUUGUCCGAGAGCCGGAAGAAACAAGGAAUUGGCAAUUCAUCUGCUCAUGGAAAACAAAGGAAACAUUGAAGCAGCCGUUGACGAUUUGUUGAGAAGUGAUACUUUGGAUUGGGAACAUUACUCAAAUAUCUUCGGAUACACUUACAACGACACGACGCUCUGGACUCCAGAAGAGAUUUCACAAUUCCAAGAUGCAAUUUAUAAGUCAGAGAAAGAUUUCGACAAGGUUGCUGUUGAGAUGUCUGGAAAAUCAGUCAGAGAUUGUGUUCAGUUCUAUUAUUCGUGGAAGAAAGACUGUCCAGAUGACUACCGAAAAUUGAGAAACCUGAGACGAAAGAGGCAGUUGUUGGAUAUCAAUUUGCAGAAGAAUCAACUGGAAGAGCCAGAAGGUCCACCGAAAAAGAAAAUGUCGUUGAUGGAAUCUGGAGAGUCGGAUAAUGAAUCCACUGCUACAGAAACUUCCUUCGUUGGUAAUGGACUUUUGGAGUUCCGAGACCGCGCCUUCACCUCUCCAAUAAUGUCAUCACCAAGAGAGGAAGCACUUCUUGGAAUGUCUCCAGUCUCAAAAGAUUUGUUUGGAAUCCAGAAGAACUACCAGCCAUCAGUUCCACGUGCUCAUCAUACUCCAUCAGCUUCUGCCGGCAAGAAGGGAGCUCAACCAAGUGCUGAUGGAUUCUUCCACUGCCGUCUUUGUGAUAAGUGUUUCGAGAAAGUAAAGUCUCUGAAUGCCCAUAUGAAGUCUCAUGCAAUGAAGGCAAGAGCAGAGCAAGAAGCCAAAGCUCAUGAUGCUCAAAUCGCUGCAGCUGCUGCUCAACUGACUAGUGCAGUUGGGAACGCUGUUGGAAAUGCAGUUGGAAAUUCAGUUGGAACUACUGUAGCAUCAUCACCGUUGAAUCCAUUUGGAAAUGGUCAUCUCGGAAUUACAAUUCCUUCAACAAUCGGAAGUUUAACUCCACAGCAAUUGACACCUCAGCAAAUAAACAUCAAUCAACAGUUGCAAUCGCAAUUGAACUCUUUGAGUAGUCUUAGUUCUCAACUCAAUUCACCACUCACUCCACAACAGCAACUUCAGCAGUUCACUCAGCAGCAACUCAUGGCAAGAGCCAUGCAACAGAACCUCUUCCAACCGGUCACCUCAACACCACUCGUACAAUCAACGCAUCCACUGAUCCAAGCGGGUCUCCAUUCCAUCAACUAA